CGUCCCUCAGACUCACCGGUGCUGAAGCUGCGCGCGUCCCGAAGAUUCCAGCAUCCCAGCCACAGUAUGGAUCACGAUGCCUUUUAUCGCCUGAUAAACUUCUCUUCGUUUUGUUUUGUCGCUUUACUCAUCACGUUCGCAUCAUCUCGCGAUUUAACAUUCGUGGGAAUCGGUAACCUGACACAUCAACUCGGUUUUUGGUAGUUACGCUUGUCAGUUUGACUCUCGCGCAACUGCGCUCAAUAAGCUGACGCUUUUAUUUAGUUGCACUUCAGCAUCACCAAAGAGCGCAGAGAGAUUUCUGGAGUGAAUCACCUUCUAAACACUCAACUGGAGCAGAACCAGUGCCAUGGGGCCCUUAGUCUGGGAAGGGCGCCUGUCAUGUUUUCUUCUCCAUGCUUCUGUUCUCCUGCUGCUCAGCAAGGGGGAGCGGAUGUGCCCUGUGAGUUGCCGCUGCGAAGGCAAGAUUGUUUACUGCGAGUCUGGCGCCUUUCAAGACGUCCCGGAGAACAUCUCUCUAGGGUGCCAGGGUCUAUCCCUGCGGUACAACAGCCUCUUGUUGUUGCUACCUUACCAGUUUGCUCACCUCAACCAGCUGGUCUGGCUCUACCUGGACCACAAUUCCAUCAGCGUAGUGGAUAGACUGGCUUUCCAAGGACUUCGCAGGCUAAAGGAAUUAAUCCUAAGCUCUAACAAGAUUGCGCAGUUGCAAAACGGCACCUUUGAGACUGUCCCAAACCUGCGCAACCUUGACCUGUCCUACAACCAGCUGCAGGACUUGAUGCCGGGGCAUUUUCAUGGACUACGCAAGCUUCAAAAUCUUCACCUGAGAUCAAACAGCAUCAAAACCAUCCCUGUCCGUACUUUUAUGGAAUGUCGAAGCCUGGAGUUUCUAGAUUUGGGUUACAAUCGCCUACGGACUAUAACUCGUACGACCUUUCUGGGACUGCUCAGGCUAACCGAACUUCACCUUGAACACAAUCAAUUUUCCAGGAUUAACUUUUUCCUAUUUCCACGCCUCUUGAAUCUGCAGGCUCUUUAUCUGCAAUGGAAUCGCAUACGGACGGUCAUCCAAGGUUCGCCUUGGACUUGGCACACUUUACAGAAAUUAGAUCUAUCAGGCAACGAGAUACAAAUUUUGGAUCCUGCUAUUUUUAGGUGUCUGCCCAACUUGCAUACGCUCAAUCUGGAGUCUAACAAGAUCAGCAACGUGUCCCAGGAAGUUGUUUCAUCGUGGAUCUCCAUUAGCACUAUCAACCUGGCAGGAAACAUAUGGGACUGUAGCUCUAGUAUCUGCCCUCUGGUGUCUUGGCUGAGAAACUUCAGGGGAACUAGAGAUGCCAGCAUUAUUUGCAGCACUCCCAAAUCCCUCCAGGGAGAAAGAGUCAUGGACGCAGUGAGGAACAACUCGGUGUGUGAGGAGAUAUUCACCAUGGAACCGACCACGGAAUUAACUCUUUUUUUGACUACUACUACGACAACUCUUUAUGUAACAAAGCCGCCCACAACCACCACUACAACCCAACGCACGACAAAUAGACAGCUUUCUCAAGUUACCCACAUACAAAGAGUCACCCCAAAGGUUUUAUUCCCUGUUCAGUCCAACAACGAAUUCCUGCCACCCCUAUCGGUAACACCUAGCAGCCUACCCUUCACCCCCGAACCUGAGUUUGAGCAUAUGACUUUCCACAAGAUCAUCGCUGGCAGCGUUGCCCUAUUUCUCUCGGUGUCUUUAAUCCUAUUAGUGAUUUACGUGUCAUGGCGACGAUACCCUAACAGCAUGAGGCAACUCCAGCAGCACUCCAUUCGACGCAAGCGCAGGAAAAAGACUCAAGAGCCUGAGCACAACAUCAACUCUCAACUGCAAGAGUAUUAUCUAAGCUACAACCAUGCCAAUGCCGAGACCAUGGACUCUUUGGUUAACGGGGCGUGCACCUGCACCAUCUCGGGCUCCAGAGAGUGCGAGGUAUGACCUACCGCUAAAAAAACGCAUUCUCUGCACCGGGGAGUCAGAGGUAAACUUUUCUAAGAGCAUGACUGCCCGUAAACCUUCUCUCCUUCUCCCUGUCACUCCUUUGAAUCACAUCUUUUAAAUGCUCACAUUAAUUGCAUGAGUAGAGGAAUGGUUCACUUAAAAGCAAAAAUUCUCUCAUUAGUCACUCACCAAGUCAUUCCAAACAUGCGCUUAAUUGUUUUCCGUAGAUCUCUAAAGGAGAAGUGUGAAGAAUCUUUACACAAAGACUGUUUCAUGCAACAGUAGUUUAGAGACUACAUCAAUCAAGCUGUAAAAAGGACAACCCCUUCCCGUCAUGAAAUUAGGAUAAAUGCAAUUGGACUAUAUUCCAAAUCUUUAGCUGAGAGCAGCACAAGUCGUAUGAGCCUCUAUGGUUUUGUCAUUUUUUGGAGCUUGACAGACACGGUCGCUAUGAAUGGUCAAUGGAAAAGAUAGAAACUUAAGAUUCUCCUGCCAUUUACAGCAUAAAUGUUUAGAAAGAGUAAAUAAUAAAAAUUGUCCAUUUUGUGCCCCUCAUACAAGAUUUGAAACAGUCAACACCCUUUAUGAUCAACACCGCACAGGAUGUUAGUCACUAUUAUGAAAAGUAUGAAAGAAGUAAGCGGUUCACAUCAACAUUCAGGGAUUGUGGCUGCUCAGUGAAAAUUAAAUGUGUCUUAGUGUGGCAGGUAAUGGAGCAGCUCCCUGUGAUAUACUUUUCUACCCACCAUCUACCUGUCUAUCUGCUCUUGAGAAAGUCUCCUAACCUGCCAGAAGCCAAUCAAUCAAGGUCAAUCAAGUCGAUAAAAUAAGUAAAAUCACAUGACCUCCUUCAAAAAGCAAAAGUCAUACUACUAGACAUCAUCUCAGCCUCUAAAUUAAUAAGUAACAAUAAUCCACUUGAAUCGCUGGUUUUAAGUGAACUAUUCCUUUGAAUCGAAGUUGUCAGAGACGUGUCACACUGGUGAGUGCAUGUGUUCAAUAGGACACAGGUUUAAAUUCCGCUACCUUGGUUCACACUGAUAAGUAAUGUGUAAAAGUUGUAAACAAGUUCAUCCUUUGACCCAUCAUAGUAGUUUAUUUGAUUUUACAACCCUUAAGUGCUUUUCAACCAGCUCUAUAAUUUUCUCUUGAUGGUCUCCCUCAAUUAAACCUAAUUCGUAUCUAACAGUCCUAGCAGAGUAGUGUCAUCUGUAGUUGCCUUACAGAAACGAAGCCUUCUUGACAUGAAACAACACUCACAAUGACAUUAUUGUGAGUCAUUAUUAUAAGCCUUGUGUUUAUCAUGGAACGAGAAGGAACUGAAACAGCGUUCAGUAAUUAUGGACUUAAAUUAUGCAGCUUUAUUUUACAAAGCAUUGUUUUUUUUUCUAUUUCUAGACGCAUUAUGCUGCAUGACUACAUGCCCUUUACCAGUACCAGCUGUUGGAAAUCAAUGUACAUAUUCAUGUUUUCCAUCACCUUCAAUUAUUGCCUAGUCUUUUAACUCCUGCUUGGGGCUGCUACAUCGUUCAUUUGAUCACAUUUUGGAGCUCUGUGUUAUAAUGGGUCAUCACGUAUUCAGUUUUGACAUUUAAUAAGCGGGGUACUCAUUUAUGCAUCUUAUUAUUUAUCUUUCUUUCUUGUGUUUGUGUCAAAUUGACUCUUGUCUCUCUUAUCAUUUUGGGUGAUGCAAAAUAAUUAAAAGUACCCUCAUAAAAGCUUUUACAAACCUAACCAGAUAAUGCAUGACAUUUUUGAUGGGGAAGAUAUACGCCUUAAUUGUACCCAAUUUGACUUUCUGUCCCACCCCAAGAGAAAAGCAUAGCAAUAGUAGGUCACACUACAUGAGAUGUUAGGUUGCAUGCAUCUAUCAAAUCCUCACUGUUUUUUUCAGGCUGAAACACUUUUCUGAAUGCAUUGCAUCAGGCCUCAAAUUAUGGUCCAUAUUGAAAGGCUAAAAUAAAGCAGGGAGAAAAUGCUAAUUAGGCUUGUCAAUUUAACAUGUUCAUUUAGUGCGAUUAAUUCUUUUAAAAUGUGAUGCAAUUUAUCAUGCCCCCUAAUAUUUAUGUAAACUCCGUAACCAUCAUGGAAAUUCAAGCCUGAAGUAUCCAUUCAUGGUUUUUUUUGUGAGUCUGCUUAAAAACAUUGCAGAACAGAAUGAAAACAAAUGUUAAUGUGAAAUACAAUGCAACAGCCAAAUGUGUAUGAAGACCAAUAAAUAAAUACAUAAACAAAAUAAGUCAAUGCAAAUGAAUGUACCCUAAAUAGCUGUGAAGAUUCCAUUGUAAAAUGAAUUGAGCUUUAGGUCAGUCAUAUACUUUAUCUCCAUAUAACUGAACAUCAGUCUACAUUUAUUUAACAAUACAUGGACUUCUAAAGCCAGUUGUUGUCUAUUUAAUGCUUUGAAAUGCAAAUUAUAAUUUAAUGACUUCUCAACAGAUAUUUGCAAUCAAUUCUGAUUAAUUUGAUGGAUUAAUUGGCAUAAUUAAUUUAAUUUAAUUAAUUAGCAGGCAUAAAAAUUGAUUCACAGCCAUAAUAAAAUACAACGAACAACAUAAUCACACAAAGUUAGUGCAAAGCAAUAAACAGGCUUAUUAAAAGGAAGGAAAAAAAACUUCCCAUCCAAUAAAAACUAUCUGUGUAUUACAAUAUAGCCAAAUUACACAUAUGCUGAUAUGGGUACACUACACACAUGAAUACACAUAUACAAAACUACAUAACGUAAAUGUCUGCUCAAAGCAUAAAACCAUUGCAUUUCAAAAGACAUUUACACUAACCAAAACAGUAAAUUAUCCUAUUCCUAUCUUAUUCUUGAUGUCCAAUGCAGUGAAAUCAACUGAGAGCCACUGCCUUAACUCGUGUCACCAUAAUGAUGAAAGCGAUGUUACUGGCUUGUCUCCAAGUGCUGAUGUGUGACAUUCAGAGAAUGUCACAUUUUAUUGUGCCUGAUAGUUUCAUAAAGAUGUCAAUCAUCUUCCCACCAGUCUCUAAAGCUCCCAAAUUAUAGAAAUAUACAGUGAGGCAUAUGCUCAUAUGCAUCCUGCUGAAGGCAUUUAGUGCUUAUAUUAUCCCUCAGGGACCAAUAAACUACAUGAUUCAUCUCUCCAUCCACCCAUACAAAAAAAAAAAUUGGUCUAAAACAUGUCUGUUUUUUUUUAGGGAGGCUUGAGUAUUUUAGGAUCAGAACUGUAGUUGUUAUUAAACUGAUUUGUAACACCAUAAGCAGAAUAAAUUUUGCGUUUGCAUAAACAUCAUUUUUGCAUGCUGUUCAUGUGAUAAUUUUUCAGUUGAUCUCCCGUACAGUUGACAGUUCCCAAUUCAAAACCAGCUGUCGUCGUUUUAUGUUUUGAUUCAUUAGGAAAACCUGGUGGAAUAUGCAUCUUGAAUUUGAAAGGCAUAAACACUGUACAUCAAGCUCUGCUUUAACCUGUACUUCAGUACUGUGACUAACUUCUCCAAUCUUCUGGUGACCCUAGUAAUCGAGAUUGUUUUUCUGGUCCGUCACUGGCACUUCCACCUUGGCUUCACACUUCUAAUCUCAGCAUGAAAUUGCUCAUUUUUUCAUCCCUGCUGAAGGUUCCUAAGUGGAUACUUGCUUGCUUGUUUGCUUCUGUUGCUGAUAAGGAUAUUUUGCCUCCAGAACCAUGAAGUAAAAUGCAAUUUUAAGUUUAAAGGUUCGAUUUCAAGCAAGGUAUAUAUGCAGCAAGUUGUCACAACAUAACUUUUCUAGAAUAGUUUUUUGCUGAGUGAAUCUCACAAAGCUGGUCAAGAACAUUUCAGAGUCAUAAAAUAUAAGAAAUCAUAUUUUAUAUAAAGAAAUUUAAGCGUAUUUUAGAAGUAUUUGGACUGUGAAAUUUAUUUUUUAUGAAAAUUAAACGCAACAUUCUCAUUACCAGCAUGCAUUGUGAAGUUGUGUUUUUGAUUUAUUUU